UAGGUGGGGGAGGCGGCGGAGCCGGCUGCGGCGAUCGGAGGGAGCUGCUGAGCUGGCGACAGUGGCUGAGGGGUCGGCUCGUCUCUGACAAGGCACAGUGAGGCUGGUGCCGGAACCGUCAGGACUCUGUGACCUGGCCGCGAGGACUGCAGUGGCUCAACUUCGACAGAGAGCGGGCGAUAGCAGGAGCGGCAUUCUGUUGCAGGACUGCUAGUGCGGGAGGGAAGGCUACUGGCGGCGUUUUGUGCGGGCGCGAGUGCCGUGCUGCGCGGUGAACUACAGGCUGAUCGGUGACUCGGAGCGGUGAACUACAGGCUAAUCGGUGACCCGGAGCGGUGAACUACAGGCUGAUCGGUGAUCCGGAGCGGUGAACUACAGGCUGAUCGGUGACCCGGAGCGGUGAACUACAGGCUGAUCGGUGACCCGGAGCUGGAGUAAACAGCGUUGCCGACACCAAAACGGCGAAAGCCGCUGGGGGAACGCGCUCGUCACUCUCGCCGCCUUUCCUCGCGGCGAGGCGAAAUAAACGACUCGGCUGAGGCCGGGGCGGCGCCCGGCGCCCACAAAAACGCUGCGCCGGCCGCCGGAGAAAGGCUGGCUCUCGGGCAGCGCCGAGCGGUCCGGCGAUAAGGUGAGGCGGCCACUUCAGGCGAUAGCGGACGUUCAAUUCGGCCCCGCCGGCUGAAUUUCCGAUUGCCGUGCGGCAGGGGGCUGGUCGUCGGACGGGCCAAUGUGCCGGCGCGGCUCGGUGCAGUCUCGGUCUCGGGCUCGGUCUCAGGCGGCGGCCGGCGACAGGAAGUGGGCCGCGGCGCGCGUGAGAACCGCGGGCCGCGUGUGAACGGACCGGCGCGUGCACAGCGGCCGCCAUGCGCCGAGGCUGGCUGCCGGUGUUGGCGCUGGUGGCGCUGGCGCUGGUGGCGCCCGCUCGCGGCGCCAAGUGUCCGAACGCCUGCUCCUGCCGCUGGAAGUACGGCAAGCAGACGGUGGAGUGCCGCGCCAGCCGGCUGCGCGCCGUGCCCGAGGGUCUGGACCCGGGCACGCAGGUGCUCGACCUGUCCGAGAACCAGCUGGACGAGCUGCCGGCCGAGGUGUUCCGCCGCGCUGGCCUGCUCAACCUGCAGAAGAUCCUGCUGGCAGACUGCCGGCUGCGGCGUGUCGACGACGCCGCCUUUUCCGGCCUGACCAACCUCGUCUACCUGGACCUGUCCGACAACGCGCUGACGGCGCUGCCCAAGCGCAGCUUCGGCGCCGUCGGCGCGCUCCGCGAGCUGAAGGCCGCGGCCAACCCGAUUCGACGCGUGGACGAGGACACGUUCGCGGCCGUGCCGGGCCUGGUCAAGCUGGACUUAGGCGGCUGUCAGAUCGGCGAGGUCGAGCCGGCCGCCUUCGACCCGCUGCGCAUCAUCGAGAGCCUCAAACUGAGCAGUAACCGGCUGCGCGAGCUGCCGGAGCGCGCCGUGGUCGCGCUCGACCAGCUGCACAACGUCGAGCUGCACGCCAACCCGUGGGAGUGCGACUGCCGGCUGCGCCCGAUGCGCGACUGGCUGCGGCGCAACAACAUCCCGUACCCGGUGCCGCCCAGCUGCCACGGGCCGCCGCGGCUGGCCGGCCGCUCCUUCGAGGAGCUGGGCGUGAACGAGUUCGCGUGCCGGCCACAGCUGCUGCCGAUGGUGCGCGAGGUUGUGGUGACUGCCGACGAGAACGCCACGCUCACCUGCCGCAUCGGUGCCGUGCCGCAGGCGCGGCUCAGCUGGCUCUGGCGCGGCCGACCCGUCGACAACAACACGCUGCUGGACGGCGGCCGACGGCCGGUGAUCGUCGAGGAGGGCCGCUUCGAGCGCGUCAGCCGGCUGGUGAUCCCGGGCGUGCGCGCCGAGGACGCUGCCGCCGAUGUGCGCUGCGUGGGCGUCAACCCGGCCGGUGACGCGCAGACCAACUUCACGCUGACGGUCGGCGCGCGGCUGGCGUUCCUCUCGCCGCUGAGCGACGGCCAGAUCGCUGGAAUCGCCGUCGGCCUGCUGCUGCUGGUGGCCGUCAUGGUGGCCGCGCUGGUGACAGUGGCGCGCACGCGCUCCGCCAACGCCAAAGAGAGCAAGCCGCGCCCGCCGGUCGACGGCCGCGGCGUGGUGGUCAGCGUGGAGACGGCGCCCGACGACGAUGUGAACCCGCUGGAGAAGCCGCCGCGGCUGACCGAGCUCGGCUUCCCGCCGCGCUACAGCACCAGCACGGGCAGCAUCGUCGAGUCGGCCGUGUUCGUGCGGGCGCCCGACCUGCUGCCGACUGCAGACGCCGCCACGCCGCCGCCGUCCGCGGCGUACCCGCCGUACUACGCCGGUGGCGUCACCGGCAACCCGCUAGCCGACGACAGCUACGAGCUGCAGCAGCUGCCGUCUACCAGCGGCUCCGACCCGGAACGGCUGGACCCGGCCGCGUACGGCUACCCGGCCGACUACGGCCUGCCCAUGCCGGAGCUGGGCGUGGCCGGCUGGGACGAUCGCCGGAUCUCUGUCCAGCAGGAGCCGUUCGCCGACGCCGACUGGGCCGGCCGUCGCCUGUCGGGCGCGCCGAGCCGCCGCGAGCCGUCCACCUCGUCCGAGGCGGACGCACAGCUUGACUCUUCCAGGGACUCGCGCGCCGAGCUGGCGCGGGCGACGUUCUGGGUGUACCUAAUGUUGGUGUGCGUGGGGUAUGAAGAGCAAUAUCAGAGAUUCUAG